GCAGCCUUCCAGCCUCCGCGCUACGAGUGAAGCGCGGACCUUUCAACAAGAGCUUUAUUAAUUCUCACGCUAGGAUCCCGGGAGGCGAUGGAGGUGGCCGCUAAUUGCUCCCUGCGGGUGAAGAGACCGCUGUUGGAUCCCCGGUUCGAGGGUUACAAACUCUCGCUCGAGCCGCUGCCCUGUUACCAGCUGGAGCUUGACGCAGCUGUGGCAGAAGUAAAACUUCGAGAUGAUCAAUACACACUGGAACACAUGCAUGCUUUUGGAAUGUAUAAUUACCUACACUGUGACUCAUGGUAUCAAGAUAGUGUCUACUACAUUGAUAACCUUGGAAGAAUUAUGAAUUUAACAGUGAUGUUGGACACUGCCUUAGGAAAACCACGAGAGGUAUUUCGACUCCCUGCAGAUUUGGCAGCAUACGACAAUCGCCUUUGUGCAUCUAUCCAUUUCACAUCUUCUACCUGGGUUACCCUGUCAGAUGGAACUGGAAGAUUAUAUCUCAUUGGAACAGGUGAACGUGGAAAUAGUGCUUCUGAAAAAUGGGAGAUUAUGUUUAAUGAAGAGCUAGGGAAUCCUUUUAUCAUAAUUCACAGUAUCUCAUUGCUGAAAGCUGAAGAACAUUCAGUAGCUACCCUACUUCUUCGAAUAGAGAAAGAAGAAUUGGACAUGAAAGGAAGUGGCUUCUUUGUUUCCUUGGAGUGGGUCACUAUCAGUAAGAAAAAUAAAGAUAAUAAAAAAUAUGAAAUUAUUAAGCGUGAUAUUCUCCGUGGAAAGUCAGUGCCCCAUUAUGCUGCUAUCGAACCCGAUGGGAAUGGCCUAAUGAUCGUCUCCUACAAGUCCUUCACGUUUGUUCCCGUUGGUCAAGAUAUUGAAGAAAGUAAAGAUGAAGACAUGUCCGAUAAAGUCAAAGAGCCUCUGUAUUACUGGCAGCAGACUGAAGAUGAUUUGACAGUCAUGAUGCGGCUUCCAGAAGACACUACCAAGGCGGACAUUCAAGUACAGUUUCUGCCUGAUUGUGUUAGCAUUGUGCUGAAGGGUCAGAGGUUUUGGGAAGGAAACCUCUAUUCAUCUGUUGAUCAUGAAAGCAGUACAUGGAUAAUUAAAGAGAAUAAUAGCUUGGAGAUUUCCUUGAUUAAGAAGAAUGAAGGACUGACUUGGCCAGAGCUCGUAGUUGGUGAUAAACAAGGGGAGUUUAUAAGAGACUCAGCCCAGUGUGCUGCAAUAGCUGAACGUUUGAUGCAUUUGACCUCUGAAGAACUGAAUCCAAAUCCAGAUAAAGAAAAACCUCCUUGUAAUGCUCAAGAGUUAGAAGAAUGUGAUAUUUUCUUUGAAGAGAGUUCCAGUUUAUGCAGAUUUGAUGGUAAUACAUUAAAAACUACUCAUGUGGUGAAUCUUGGAAGCAACCAGUACCUCUUCUCUGUCAUAGUGGAUCCUAAAGAAAUGCCCUGCUUCUGUUUGCGCCAUGAUGUGGAUGCCUUACUCUGGCAACCACACUCCAGCAAACAAGACGAAAUGUGGGAGCACAUCGCCACUUUCAAUGCUUUAGGCUACGUCCAAGCAUCAAAGAGAGACAAAAAAUUUUUUGCCUGUGCUCCAAAUUACUCGUAUGCAGCCCUUUGUGAGUGCCUUCGUCGGACACAGACAGAGAGAUGAUAAGGUUCUACAGAAAGUAGCCCUUAUCCAUUACUGCGUAAAAACCACCCCAAAACUCUGUGGUUUACAACAAGAAAGUUUUACGAUUUCUCAGGAUUCAGUGACUUGACUGUUCUGUUCUACAUGGCCUCUCAUCCUCAGUAGGCUACACUGUGCUUCUUCCUGUGAGAGAGAAAACACUCCAAGAGGGCAAGCCCUGACGUACAGGCCUUACCAAGCCUAAACUUCCAUCAUAUUCGGUCAUCUUCCAGUGGACAAAGCAAGUGACAGGGCCAAGUCUAGAGUCAGUGUGAAAGGGAAUGCAUAGGAUGCAGGUAUCAGGAGGUAUGAUUCAUUGGGGGCCAUUAAUAGAACAGUCUGCCACACAAAUUGUAAUUUGUCCUUAUAGUUCUUAUAUUUCUACAGUUAUGAAAAAAAGAAUUUUGUUUAUACAUUAAAUUUUUUUUGCCAUGAAUUUUAGCUGCUUACAUUAUUUCUUUGGAUUUCUUUUGAUGUGAUUUCCCAAAAAAUUGCUUACUUUUUAUACCAUUUUUAGAUCUGCUUAAGUAAACCUAAAGUUUAAUUUUAUAUUUCUUUAGGGGAGUUGAGACCUUAAUAUAAGAGGCAGAAAAUGAAGAAAAGAGAUGUAAGGUAGAAAAUACUUGUUCCUAGUGUAUCUCUUGCCUAUCUGCGAGCGCUUGGCUGACCAGCGUUUUACUGAAAGGAGGAGAAAUACGUUGGAGAGAGGAAAGGAGGGAACGGGAUGACAUGCAUGUUCUAAACACUGUCAGACUUUAAUUUCCUAGAGAGAUGUAUUGGGAUGCUAGAGAAAAAUUUGGCGUUCCUCAAAACAUAAGAAAUAGAGCUACUAUAGGGUCGAGCAACUGGACCCCUGGGUAUUUAUCUUGAAGAAAAUAAAACCACUAACUCAGA